UUUGACAAGUUAUCCUGCAGUUUCUUGUUUGUGUACUCUUACCUCCUUGAUGCAGUGCUGUUCCUGAUCCCUUUCACACUUUGCUCAGGCCAUGAGCUCCUCGGAGACACCGCAGCCUCUCCUGGAACAACUUCAGUGUUUGGCGCAGAGAGUCGAUGUCCAGCAGGCCUAUCAAGAACAAAUUAUACACUGUCUGCAGGAACUCUAUUCCCAGUUGGAUCAGCUGCAGGUUGUGUCCACUUCCUCACCUUCUGUUUCGGCUACUGUCCCGGUUCCUGUUCCCGUUCCUGCUGCUCCAACCCCCGCUGUUCCCCCAGUGGAACACAGUCCUUCGAAACUCCAGCUGCCUCCACCGCAUCACUUCUCUGGUGAUCCCAAAGCUUGUCGGGGCUUCAUCAAUCAGAGCUCAAUUCACUUUGAACUAGCAGCCGACCAUUUUCCUACUGACCGUUCCAAGGUGGCAUACAUGAUUUCCCUGCUUUCUGGUGAAGCACUUGCUUGGGCCUCG